GGAAGUUCUGCGUGUGGUUAAUCAAGCGGAACAGAGGAGGGAAGCUGCUGUUCUACCCUUCCUUAUGCAACAUUACAGUACAGGGUGCAGACACUGAGACAGGAGAGAAGAAGGCAGGUCAUGCAGCCUGUUUGACUACAGAGGAGGCUGUCUGGGCCCUGUGAUGGCAUCUGCAGGUCCAAAUCCCGAGGGUGGUGGACCUGCUUCUGGGCAGGAGUCUGGAGGUCGGAGGCUGUCCUGGCUGGUCCUGCUGCUGACUCUUGCAGCGGUCACCUCCUCGUCUCUCUCUGCUCUGUCUCUGUACCACCUGCUGGCCCUUAGGGCCGAGGUUGAGGAGCUCCGGUCAGAGGUCUUCCGCAGGAGAGAGGAGCAACAAGAGGCUAGGCAUGGAGAGACAAUGCAGCAGAUGAGCAGCAGAGCCAGAAGGAGCAGCCCAGACCCUCCACACCCCCCUGACCCCCAGCCUGGGCUGUCUUUCGUCAGGAAGAGGAGUGUGGGCACAGGAACUGAGAACUCAGUGUCUCAGCCUUGUCUACAGAUGCUGGCAGAUAGCAACAGGAAAACAUUCCAGAAAGAGUUUGCGUUGGAGCCUUACACAGGGAUCCCCUGGCAAGCGGGGCUUAGAAGAGGCUCCGCCCUGGAGGCAGAGAGCGACAGCAUCCUGGUCAGAGAGGAGGGAUACUACUUUGUCUACAGUCAGGUGUACUACAUGGAUACGACCUUUGCCAUGGGUCAUGUGGUGAUCAGGAAGAAGAGGAACGUGGUGGGAGAUGAAGCUCAGCAUGUCACAUUGUUCCGCUGUAUCCAGAACAUGAACCCUGUCUACCCAUACAACACCUGUUACACAGGAGGUAUAGUGAAGCUGGAGGUCGGGGACAGUGUGGAGCUGUUGAUCCCUCGCUCUACAGCCAAAGUUUCUCUGGACGGAGACUCCACUUUCCUGGGCGCUGUCAGACUGGCCUGACCCUGACCAGGGGAGUUGGACUGGGGGGACUAGGAGAUACAAUUGCCAUCAUGUGGAAAUGGACACUGCUGGUACUAGAAGUUUUGAUCUGGUAGAUACUGGUGGUGGUGUACAAUAAUUAUUUUAAAUGAACCAUGGCUUGUGGGUCUGAUGGAACAUUAUCUAUUCUACUAUGAUGCCAUCUGCUUUACAGAGUGACUGAGGGACGGACGGACAGACUCAGAAUCAUGGCCUAUUACUGGAGAGCCUGGCUGAUGAUGCCAGUGAUGAUGAUGAUGACAGCAGUGUCAGCCUCUGUCACUGUGUGUGAUCUGAAAUGUUUGAUGCUUAUACUGGCAGGUGUCUCACCAUUCACUCAAUAACUUCUUAAAUGUUAUGAUCAUAUACAAUGCACACAGCCAUGACUACACAGCCCCAGCCAUGACUACACAGCCCCAGCCAUGACUACACAGCCCCAGCCAUGACUACACAGCCCCAGCCAUGACUACACAGCCCCAGCCAUGACUACACAGCCCCAGCCAUGACUACACAGCCCCAGCCAUGACUACACAGCCCCAGCCAUGACUACACAGCCCCAACCAUGACUACACAGCCCCAGCCAUGACAACACAGCCCCAACCAUGACUACACAGCCCCAGCCAUGACUACACUUUGAUGCCUUGAUGAUCAUUUUGACCACCUGCAUACUAGUAAAAUAGGCCCUGUUGUAUUUCAUGGUAUUGUAUCCUGUCUAUGACAAUGUUAUUGAAUGGUGCAGAGUGAGUUGUCAUCAUUCUACCAGAAGGGAGCAGCAGCACUCAAUUAAUUGGUUUCCCAAGCAGCACCUGACCAUGUAUUACAAUAAAUGCAGUUAAUCACUAUGGCUGGUGGUAAUGAUAGCAAUAUUAUCCCGUCCUGAGAGGGGGUUAGUUGUACCCUUUGUGACCACCAGAGGGAAACCUUCCCACAGGAAACAGCAGUGUAGCACAGUACAGUACUGGUGCUUCUAUGGUGAAUCUCGCUCAGAUUCCGUGAUUAAUAGUCACAUGUACAGGGUUGCAGUUGUGAUUAUCUUAGGCUUCAAGCUCCAACAUGCAGGACUAAGUGAAAUAAAAUAACUAAAAUUGUAAUAAAAAAACUAUAGAAAUAGCACUAUAUUAUAACGCUCCCGAGAGGCACAGCGGUCAAGGCACUGCAUCUCAGUGCAAGAGGUGUCACUACAGUC